AAUGAAAAACCAGAGAUUAAACAGAAGUGGGCUUCAAGGCUAUUAGCGAAACUGCGUAAGGACAUAACGCAGGAGUGCCGCGAGGAUUUUGUUAUGAGUAUAACUGGGAAGAGGCCACCAGUUUGCGUUUUGAGCAAUCCGGAUCAGAAGGGCAAAAUGCGUAGGAUAGAUUGUCUACGACAAGCCGACAAGGUGUGGCGACUAGACCUUGUCAUGGUAAUUCUCUUCAAAGCCAUACCCUUGGAAAGUACCGACGGCGAGCGCCUGGAGAAGUCACCCGAGUGUUUGCACCCGUCACUCUGCGUCAACCCACAACACAUAAGCGUCUCUGUGAGGGAGUUAGAUCUUUACCUGGCGAAUUUCAUACACAGCUAUG